GUAAAGUAUCUUUAAAGAAAGUAACUACAAUUUAAUCGAUUUAAAUUUGCUGAAUUUUAAUUGUUGAACUACUUCAAGAAAAACUUUAAUCUUACGUUUUUAGUAUGUACAGAUUUAACGUAUCCGCACCAGGUACGGUGUUUUUAUGCGGAGAACCCAAAAGACGUAACCAAACUUGUAUAGCAGCCAGCUUAGACAUGCGUACCACACUCACGUUCUCUUCAUUUCCUUUAUCAGUAGUUAAAAUAGAAUUUAUCGGAAUAGAUUUUCCCAGUAUCCAGUUAGACAUGAGAAUAUCUUUACGCCAAUUUUAUGUACACUUCUACGGCGAAAAUUACAAAAACUGGACUUCUUGUGUUAUGUUGCACGAAGCAGUAAAAAAUUUUAUCACCACGAUUAUGAAGGAUUAUGAAGGCACAUACAAAUCCAACAAUCAGACUCAUCAAUUAAGUUUACAAGCAUUCUUUUUCCUUCUUAUUCUUAUAAGCCAGAAAGAGAAUAUCAUCAUAACAUCAACUUUUAUGGUGAAGCUAUCAACGGAAUUGCCGAUCGGUGAGGGUCUGGGCAGUUCGGCAUCGUUCGCGGUAUGUCUCGCGGCGUGUUUUUACCGUUGGUCUCUUCUGCAGAAAGGGAUCGUUGUCUACGAAUUCGGCAGACAGGACCUCCUGAAGAUCUCAAGUUAUGCUCAGAAGUGUGAAUCUACUAUAUACAAUUCCUCGACUUGUAUUGAUAUCACAAUAUCCACGUAUGGCAUGAUAAAAAUAUUCGACGGAGGGAUAACAAGUACGCUGAGAGCAAAGUCUUUUUCUAAUAUUCCAUACUUAAAAAUCCUGUUCUUUUCGAAUGUUGAUCAGAAAACGAAAAGCGAAAAGAGUAUGAAAAUUGCAUCGGUGAAGAAUUCAGAUUUGUUACUCAAUUCCAUUUUGGAAAGUAUCGAAGUAAUGUCAAGUACGAUUGUUUUUAUGCUUGAUAGUAUUAACUUGAAAGUACAUAAUAAUUUAAAAAACAUUGAUAUUAUUCACAUGAAUCAAGGACUACUAAAAUCAUUAGGCAUGUCACAUCCAAAUCUGGACAUUAUUUCCGCAAUUGCUCGAAAAUUUUUAUUCGCGGCGAAGCUUGCAGGUAAAAGUGAAAGUAGACACGGUUUCAUUUUGUUACCGAAUGCCUCAGCUGAAGAUAUCGACAAUCUUAUCACGGAAUUAAAAUCGUAUAAUUUUUCUGCUAAGAUAACCAGUUUGAAUUGUAACGGAAUAAGAGUUGAAUAACGAUUAAAUUAACAAUUUAAUAGACAAAUAAAUACGAGCAACGUAUUAUUAAGAUGACUUACAACAAAUGUGCAGAGAUUUAGACAGAUGA